AUGGCAGCAACCAGAGCACAAUACUGCCCCCUGCUGCUGUUCCUGCUGCUGGCACUGUGGGUGGCCCAGCGCCCUACCAGUGCCAAGCCCAAGAACAUGACCUCAGCUCAAUGGUUUGAAACCCAGCAUGUGCAGCCAAGCCCAAAGAGAUGCAGCGUGGCCAUGAGUCACAUCAACCAGUACACAAAACGCUGCAAGAGCCUCAACACCUUCCUGCAUGAAUCUUUCUCCAGCGUGACCAGGACCUGUCAAACCCGCAACAUAGCCUGCAAGAAUGGCCGGGAAAACUGCCACCAGAGCCCAACGCCUGUGUCCUUGACCAGCUGUCAGCUGACCUCGGGAAAGUACCCAGAGUGCAGGUACAAAGAGAAGCAAAUGGAUGCAUCCUUCAUCAUUGCCUGCGAUCCUCCCCAAGCAAAAGAUGAUCAGAACUACAAGCUGGUUCCUGUACACUUGGAUAAAGUCAUCUAA